AAACAAAAUAGAAACAUCCAACAAUAAAAUAUUAAAAAUAAAACAUUUCCAACAUUAUUCAUUGUCAUCAACUCAUACAACAAUAAAACACUGCAAAGUGAUUCCACCACAGUUGAAUCAAUAAUGUUAUAUCAGUUGCUUAUGAGUAGUCAUGGUAACAGUGCUGCGUCCAAAAUGGCAUCCUUACUUGGGGAGCACCUAUUUCAAAUUAGUGGACAGGGUCCCCCUCCUCAAAAAGAUUUUUUCCAACUUCUAAUUACCAAUAUUGAGGUAAUAUGGAGAACAUGGACAAUUUCUAUAAGACUUGAGUGCCAGGGAGCUACUCCCACCGAGCUGAAGGUUUCCCACGACAAUUUCCUGCUUCAGAAAAUGCUACAGCAAAACGUUGAGGCAGUUUUCGGGCAGAGGAUCCUAGAAUACACAAGAUCGCUUUGUCAAGGACAGUUUGAUUACCUGGAGCGCUUACCGAAUGGCAUGGUGCUCAAAAUCCUGUCCUUCCUACAGCUGACAGACGUGACACGGCUGGCACAGGUUUCGCAUAGAUUCAGACAGAUCUGCGACUCUGAGAAGUUUUGGGAGCAAACUGUGAGGAAUCGUUGUGACGACUUUACCAGCGACAUGGAGGGCAUUGCAAAUGUUAUGGGCUGGAGGAAGAUAUUUUUUACCUUUUUUCACACCAGUGUUCAUGAAGAGAACCAUGAAGCAAUUGGAGAGUUGGAUAGUCAGCAUUAAGAUUGUACUUGUACUACUGAAAAAAGAUCCAAUGCAUGAGGUUUCAUGUUCUUAAGUUUAACAUUAUGUUGUGUUAUCUCCAAGCAACAAGUAAUAAAUUAUUGUAUUGUA